GAUCGGAUUAUAGCUCUAUAGUGGGGAUCUGAAGAAGCGAAUCGGGAUCACGUCGGGGAUAUGCUUGUUGAUCCAGCACAAGCCAGAGAUGAAAGGGGACCGCUACGAGGCCAUCUACAGUUUCUACUUCGGCGAUUACAACAACAUCACCGUCCAGGGGCCGUACCUCACCUACGAGGACAACUUCCUGGCCGUGACCGGCGACUCGGAGAUUUUCGAAGGGGCGUACGACCAGGUGAAGUUGCAGUCGCUGAUCUUCCCUUUCAAGCUCUUCUACACUUUCUAUCUCAAAUCUCAAGGGGACGGAAGUUGGGCGAAGGCGGAGGCUCGCCUGCUCUGCUAGUCGACGACGACGAAUGCAAAGGCGGAGGAGGUUCGCAGGCGAACUGGGUGGAGUCUGAGGUGAGGCGCGGCGUGGGAUCGGGGAGAUGUGGGAGGGAAGGGUCGUCGAAUUAGGUUAUUCGAUUUGGGGGUGAUGGAUUUUCUACGGCUUUGGGAUGGAGAGAAGGGGAUUUUCGGUGAGGGUCGGUUAGCCGGUUAGCCGCGGUUAAUUAUGUCCGGUUAUUCGGCUAGCUGGAGCCCUCUGAUACGCAUCCGAACACCGACCGAGGUCGAUUUUUUCCGGUUUUCGAUUAGUCGGUUACUGUCGGUUUUCGGUUAUAACCGACGGCUAACCGCUAACCGGCAACCGAUUUGCCAGCCCUAGAUAGGAUUAUAUAACUGACUCAUCAAUAGGCUUAAGUGCCCUUCUUUCAAAAUGGGGCCAUAAUGGAUCCAUCUAUGGCGGCCCAGCUGAGUGACAGAAGCAAGAAACAACAUAUACUGGU